AUGCCCCACAGCUCCCGCAAAAAACACCCCAACAACUCCGCGCAAGCUCAAAAACGACUCCAAAUCACCGACGCUACCGGCUGGACGCAUGUCACCACCGGCGGCAAAGCGCGCCGCUGUGUGCGCACCACCACCAACACCACCAACCAACAUUCCCAAUCACCACAAGAAGAAUCAAUCUUCUUCCACCCCGCCGAAGCCCCUCCCACCGCUACCCUCGAAUCCCUUCAAUCGCAAUUCACCCAGAUCCAACGAACGUGGAAAGAUUCAUCCGCCUGCGAUGUAGUGGGGAAGACUUUACGCAAUAUCCUUCCGCAUACAACAGAUACAAAUACGAAUUCAACAAUAGAGAUUAAUAAUAAUAAUGCUAAGAAGAAGAAUAAUGAUGAUAAUGGAAUAGAUUCCAUAAUCUGCAUCGGUCUCGGCAGUCCGAGUGGGUUCCUCCGCGGAGGAUGGGCCGAUCGGCGACUAGUCUCGCUGUAUCAGUUGGCUGCGUUGGUGGAUGUUAUGGCUUCUAUCUCUUCUUCUUUUUCUUCCUCUCCAACAAUAAAAACCUACGCUCAAGACCCCGUCUUCAACACUCUCGACACAUCCCUCCUCUCUAGCCUCGAUAUCACCGUCCUUGAGUCCCCGCAUGCCUUCGAAAAAGUCACGUCCCGUACAUUCCUCUUCUGUCCUGGUGCGGAGCGCACACAUCUGGAGCAAAUGCUGGCGCUGGAUCCGGCGUUUCUGUUUGGGGGUCCGUUGGAGGAUGUUGAGUCCGAGGUGGUGAGUGCGUUUGUGAAGAGGAGGGGGUCGGUAAGGGUGCCGCUGUUUGAGGCGCAGGAGCAUGCGUUUUGGAAUAUGCGGGUUUAUUAUCCGUUGGAGAGGGAGGGUGAGGUAUAG